AUGCAAGGUUUCAAUCGAUACUUUCCACCUGACUUUGAUCCAAAGAAGCAUGAUACACUUAACAACUAUCAUGGAAAACACGCAUUGGGAGACCGAGCCAGAAAAAUCGAUCAAGGAAUUCUAAUUACUCGUUUUGAAUUACCGUUUAACAUUUGGUGUGGAUCUUGCGAAGCUCAUAUUGGAAUGGGAGUAAGGUAUAAUGCAGAGAAGAAAAAAGUUGGAAUGUAUUAUACUACUCCGAUUUAUAGCUUUCGUUGUAAAUGUCAUUUGUGUGGAAAUUGGUUCGAGAUCCGGACAGAUCCACAAAACACACGAUACGUUGUCGAAAGUGGUGCGCGGCAAAAGAAUGAAGACUGGGAUCCAGCCGAAAACGGAGGAGUAGUCCUAGACGGUAAUAUUGGUUUAGGAAAACCUCAGGCUGGACCUUCAGAUCCGUUUGCACUAGUAGAGAAACAAACAACAGAUAAAGAAGUUGCUUUAGCAACCAAAGAUAGGCUUGAAGAUCUUUAUGAACUGAGUGAAUCAAGGAAUUCUGAUCCAUUCGUCUUGAGUCAAAAACUAAGAAAAUCAUUUCGGAAAGAAAAGGCAGAACUGAUAGCAAAAUCAAGAAGUGAUGAUUCACUUCGUAAUCGGUAUUCCUUACCAUCAAAUCUCAGACUAGACGAA